GCCGGAGUCCAGCGCUUUCCGAGGGUCUACCUGGCAGCCCUUUCUCUCCAAAUGCUGGGGUGCUGGGGGCUGGCUCUGAACCUCCUCUCUACUGCCCACCAUGGCCUGGGGACUGCCCAGUGCUGCCAGCCUGGUGAACUUCUGCCAGAAGUUGAACCGGCUGAAGCCCCUGGAAGAGUCCACCAUGGAGACAUCGCCACCUCGCCACCUGUCCAUGCUGGACCUCACCCUGCUGGGCGUGGGGGGCAUGGUGGGCGUGGGCCUCUAUGUGUUCACGGGCCCUGUUGCCAUGGAGCUGGCCGGCCCGGCUGUGAUCGUGUCCUACGCUGUGGCCGCUGUGGCCUCCCUGCUGGCCGCCCUGUGCUAUGCAGAGUUUCGGGUCUGCGUGCCCCGCGGGGCCUCUGCCUACCUCUGCACCUACGUGUCCAUGGGUGAGCUGUGGGCUUUCCUCAUCGGCUGGGACAUGCUGCUCCUGCUCCUGAUCGGUGGCGCCACCGUGGCCCGGGCCUGGAGCAGCUACCUGGACACCAUCUGCGGAUACCACAUCAGCAACUUCAUCGAGACUUACCUGGGCAUCUGGCAGGUGCCCUUCCUGGCCCCCUACCCGGACCUCCUGGCUGCUGGCAUCCUCCUUCUGUCCUCCGUCUUCAUCUCCUGUGGAGCCCGCGUGUCCUCCCGGCUCAACCGCAUCUUCUCGGCCAUCAGCCUGGGUGUCAUCCUCUUCACCACCGUCCUGGGUUUCAUCCUGGCCCGCCCGGAAAACUGGAGCUCCCAGGAGGGCGGCUUUGCACCCUUCGGCUUCUCAGGCAUCAUAGAGGGCACUGCCAUCUGCUUCUACACGUUCAUGGACUUCCAUGCCAUCACUGCCUCCAGUGAGGAGGCUCGGAACCCACGGCGGGCAGUGCCCAUGGCCAUUGCCUUCUCGAUGGGCCUGGCGGCCACCGCCUACAUCCUGGUCUCCACCGUGCUGACCCUCAUGGUGCCCUGGCACAGCCUGAACCCAUACGCAGCCUUGGCCGACACCUUCUUCCAGCGCAGCUACAGCUGGGCUGGCUUCAUCGUGGCGGCUGGCUCCGUCUGUGCCAUGUUUACCGUCCUGCUCAGCAAGCUCUUUACCCUGCCACGCUACGUCUACGCCAUGGCGGUCGACGGGCUGCUCUUCCAGGUGUUUGCCCGUGUCCAUCCUCGCACGCGGGUCCCCGUGGUGGCCAUGCUGGUGUUUGGGUUCCUCAUGGCCACCCUGGCACUGCUGCUGGACCUCAAGGCACUGGUGCUGUUACUAUCCAUCACGUCACUGCUCUCCCACACCUUUGUCACCACCUGCGUCAUUGUGCUGCGCUUCCGGAAGGACAUUCCAACCAGGUCUCCAGGUCCGACCAGUCCUAGCCCCAGGACCGAGGUGCCAGCGCAGGCUGAGGACCCAAAGCCCAGGCAGUUGCGGCCAGCCCUGAGGCCCUACCUGGGCUUCCUGGACAGGUGGGGACAUGGAACGGCUGUGGCCUGGGCACUGGGCCUCCUGGUGGCCUCGGCCGUCACCCUGGGCUGUGUGCUGAACUUCGGGGACUCGGUCCUGCACCUGCCUCGCUGGGGCUACAUCCUGCUGCUUCUGUCCAGCGGGGUCGUCUUCCUGCUCAGUCUCGCCGUCCUGGGGGCCCACCAGCAGCAGCACCGGCAGGACAUUUUCCAGGUGCCCCUGGUGCCCCUGACGCCGGCUCUGAGCAUCCUGCUCAACAUCUGCCUCGUGCUACAGCUGAGCCUCCUGACCUGGCUGUGCUUCUGUAUCUGGCUGCUGAUUGGACUCACCCUGUAUUUCGGCUACGGCAUCCAGCACAGCAAGCUGAACCUGCAGGAGUCCUCGGGUAGAGACAGCCAGGUGGAGAUGGAACGGGAGAUGCAGCCACUCAGCCGGCCGCCUGCCCAGGAGCCUGGCCACAUGGAGCAACCCACCAGGCCAUGA